AAUGGUUGCCAAGGAUUCGUCGCCGAUAUGCUUCACGUGACGACGAGAGUUGGUGUUCCUGGGAGGAAAGAAAGAGAAAAACGGCACUUUCCUGUUUUGAAUAAUGCUCCCAGUGAACCCUACUGCCACAAGGAUAGAGGACGCGCCUAUAUACCCCACGGUUAUGGAUUACAACCUGAUUUUAAGCCUCAUCCACCUCAUAUUGAGCCAAAGUAUACGGAAAGUGGUCCAGAUUGGUCUUCUCGCCUUCGCUAUAUUCCCCACCCUCAGAAUAAUGAUUAUCCGGCACCCGAAAAUUGGCCUGAACCGUGGAAAUCAAUGCGCUGCUUUCCAGGGAUGAAUAAAAGAACCGAUAAGGAAUGGAUGCUAUAUCCUGUCGAAGGAAAGGAUGCCACUCUAAGAACAAAAUGGGCUGGUGUUCACUUUGCCAGUAGUUACUCUGUUCAAGAACUGUCCGAUAAGAUGAGAUUUGGUAAAGGAAGGCACGAGUUUAUGAUCAAUAAGAGAAAUGGAAUAGGAAUGGCCUCUCCUGGAGAUAAGAGUUACCAAGCGCCGGAAUAUUCAACAGACUUUCAUAAAUUUGGUUCAACGAGACCGUUGCCAAACUUUAGCGGCGGAAUUAGAAAGGCAACAGACACCUUCGUCCCUCUACAAGAUUUACCAACAGUACCAGCAGAAAGUUAUAAAAGUAAGGAAAAGAAGAAUAAACUACAAAAUGAGAUUGACGAUGUUGAAAAAUUAGAGGUAUGGAGACCGUCUACUCCUUUAGAUAUUCAAACUGCAAAGUUGGGAGAAGUUUUUCAAGAGCAUAAACCACGCGGAAAGUGGCGACACGGACAGUAUUAUAUUAUUAACCCUCCAUAGAAAGUGAAAGAGCAGGAAUCGAUGUACCAAAUUCUUUUUUAAACUUGAUUAUUAUACAUUUUAUUAGAAAAUGUGCCAAUAAUUUGAAAUACAGCCAAGAGAUGGCGUUUUUGCCGUUUUUACUUAAUGUAAUAUUUAAAAUUAAAAAAGUAUUAAAACUUAUUAGAAUCAUUAAUAUAAUUGUUAAGUUGUGUUACUUACGUAAUUAAACCCUAAAGCUUUAAAAUGAUGACCAGUGAAAAACAUUAAUAUAUCAUUUUCCAACAGAAAUUAUGAUGUAGAAUUUAGUUUCAUCCUUUUUAAUAUCGUUGAUUGAACUAUUGAAGUUUUUAAGUUUUCCUUAUUCUCUGUUUGGAAGAAAUUAC